AUGGAUCUCUCGUCCGAAUUGUAUGUAGACCCAAAAUCGUUAGUCCAACUACGAAUGGACUUGUCAGCCUUCUCGUCUCCUAUGCGUGACUGCGUCUCUAUAUUGUCUUUCCACGCACCACAACUGCCGAUGGAAUUCAUAGACGGCUCGCUGGGGUUCCAGAAAACAUCCAACAUGGAUGACCGGCACAUCGGGCAAGAUAGCCCUGCAGAUAUAGAUUACAGUGUUGUUGGUCCCAAUAUAACCAAAUACGUGACACUGCCCAUGGACCUCGACUAUCAGCAAAUAGGGUCGGCACGAGAAUAUCGCAAUGAUACAAUCCAGAGGUCACAAUUCAGAAACAACAACAAAAAGCACGAGGACGAUAUGGUCUUCAAAAGAGAUACUAUAAACCAAAUCAGAUCGCAUAGCCGCCGGUCAUCGCGAUCAAGUAAUAAACUGACUAGCGAUGAGUCUGGAAUCGAGAAACGUGAGCGAAAUCGUAUGGCUGCCACGAAAUGCCGAAAGAAACAGAAAUUGGCAAAUUCGGAGCUGCAGGAAAGGGCACGAGUUAUAAGCGAGCAGCACAACUACCUCAUCGCGCGCAAAGCUUCCCUCGAGUUGGAGAUGAUCAACCUAAAGAACGAACUCCUGCUCCAUGGAAGCUGCGGCUACGAGCCCAUCACCGAUUAUCUGAUGCAGACCGCGAAGAGAUUUGUUAGAGGACGCGAAGAAGGGGUUCAGAGCAGGGAUAUGGCAGAGGGACCACACGAGCGACUAUCUUAUACUGCCGCUCGUGAAACUUGUAUACUAUGA